UAGGUUAUAGUGCAGGAGCGACCCCGCAGAGCCCUGCCAUCAUUAAUCUUAAGCCACCGUGCUUUCAGGUGUUGCUUGGCGAACCUCGCCAGCAGCCCCGAGCUUGAUCCUGUUUGGCAUCUCAUACCUGAGCCGUGAGCUAGCAACUAUUGCAGGAUUUUAUACAAAUAAAACGCAGAUCAAUUCACAUCCAUCACUUGAAGAUCUAUUCAAAAUGGCCACCUCAGAGUACCGCGAUCCCGAAAACCUCAAACAGCGCAUCAAGGACUCCUACGACGCCAUCGCCCCGACCUACAACACCUGGACCCAAGACCACUCGCCCGUGCGCCUCGAGUUCGUCGACAAGCUGCUCAAACUCCUCGACGUCUCAUCGUCAACCGCCGACGCCAUCUCCAUCCUGGAGCUCGGCGCGGGCGCGGGCAUCCCCGCCACGGCGCGCCUCCUCGCCAGCUCGCCCCGGGUGCGCGUGACGGCCAACGACAUCUCGAGCGCCCAGGUCUCGCUCGGGCGCGCGAACCUUGCCGCCGAGGCGGCGCGCGUGGCGUGGGAGGAAGGCGACAUGUGCGCGCUCUCGUUCGGCCCGGGUUCCCUGGACGCCGUGCUGGCGCUGUUCAGCAUCAUCCACCUGCCGCGCGCCGAGCAGGCCGAGAUGCUGGGAAAGCUGCACGACUGGCUGCGACCGGGCGGGUACCUUGUGGCCAACUUUGUCGCCGAACCGAUGGAGGGUUUUGUCCUGGAGAAGUGGCUGCACGACAAGGGCUGGAUGUACUGGUCCGGGUUCGGGGCCGAGGGGACGCUGGACAAGAUCAGGGAGGCCGGGUUCGAGAUUGUGGAGUCCGAGGUCAGGAAGGAGGAUGUCGAUGCGGCGUUCCUGUGGGUUGUUGCGAGGAAGUUAACUGAGGCGUGAGCUUGAGAAGCACAUCGGCUAGUACUUGUGUUUCGCUGCAGCAUGGAAUGUUUUGUUUACCCUACCGCCGUUAAUGGCUUCACCUCCCGCCCACGCUAGAAAUAUUACUAAAUCAGAGCCCCAAUAAUACAAGCAUGACAGGCAAAUGUCGGACAAAAG